UUGGAAAAUGCCAAGUCAAAACAUUCGUUCGGUGUAAAAGGUUAGAGAAUGGUGGAAAACAGAUAGAGCCUCGGCAAUGGCCACUGCAGAUUCCCUGAAUCAAACGCCAGCACCCAACCUUUGACUUGUCUCGAAACCCCUUUCACCAAUCACCAUUCACCAAUCACCACCCACCAAACCGUUUAAAGUAGAAUUUAACAACGUCGUUGAAAAUCUCGCGCUUAGACCAGUCAUCCAUCCUCUUGCUUUUCUUUCUUUUUUUUUUUUGUUUUUGAAUAGCCAGUCGGGACCCGGAAAGACUUGGUCUCUUCUACUUCCCGUUGUUCGUUCUUGCAAGUCCGUGAUUUCUCUGGAGGUUUUUUUCUUCUUCUUUGGAUGAUGAUACAGUAGCGAGAGAGAGAGAGAGAGAGAGAGAGAGAGAGUUUGUGUGUGAGUUUGUUAAUAAUGAAUAGUAAGAAGAAGACUGUUGCGCAGAAGGCGGCGGUUGAGGCGGCGAUAGAUGCAAUAGGGUUAGGAUACGAUCUGGCGGAGGAUUUGAAGCUUAAGUACUGCAAGAGGAACUCGGCCGAGCCGAGGCUGAUCGUGAUCGACGAUGAUCAGGUCCGGGACUUGGUGGUCCCAGGUAGAAUCUCCGUUCGAAACGUGCCCAAGUCCAUCAAGUGUGAUAAAGGGGAGCGUCUCAGGUUCGCCUCCGAUGUUCUCUCUUUUCAACAGAUGUCGGAGCAGUUUAACCAGGAACUAUCUCUUUCUGGUAAAAUUCCCUCGGGCCACUUCAAUGCUGCAUUUGAAUUCACAGGGGGUUGGCAGAAAGAUGCUGCCAACACUAAAAGCCUUGCUUUUGAUGGUGUCUUGUUCACACUCUACAACAUUGCACUAGAAAAAUCACAGGUAGUAUUGCGUGAUCAUGUUAAACAAGCUAUCCCAUCAUCAUGGGAUCCUGCUGCAUUGGCAAGGUUUGUUGAGAAGUAUGGUACACAUGUUAUAGUUGGUGUGAAGAUGGGGGGAAAGGAUUUGAUAUAUGCGAAGCAACAGCAUUCAUCUCCUCUCCAACCUGCUGAUGUACAGAAAAAGUUGAAGGAUAUGGCAGACAAAAUGUUUAUAGAUGGGACUGGACUGCGUAACAUAAAUUCAAAUGAGAGGCAAAAGUUUAUCAAGGAGAAUGACCUCCCCUUUAUGGACACAUUUCAAUCAAGUUCUUAUCUCCAUACCGAGUUGCAGGAUAUUAAAUUCACAGGCAAGCGGAAAGGGGGAAGCUUGCAUAAACGUCUAUCCCACGAUGAGUGGUCUCAGACAGUCCAGUUUGAACCUGAUGUGAUCUCAAUGUCAUUCAUCCCGAUUACAUCCUUGUUGAGUGGAAUUAAUGGUAGUGGCUUUUUGAGCCAUGUCAUUAACCUUUAUCUUCGCUAUAAACCGCCAAUUCAAGAACUACAUCAGUUUUUGGAAUUUCAACUUCCAAGGCAGUGGGCACCAAUAUUUGGUGACAUUCCCCUUGGUCCAGAGAGGAAACAGCAAAGAAGUGCAUCUUUACAGAUCAGCUUUAUGGGUCCUAAGCUGUAUGUUAACACAACUCCGGUUAAUGUGGCUAAGAAGCCAGUGACCGGCCUCCGACUCUACUUGGAAGGGAAAAGAAGCAACUGCUUAGCAAUCCACUUGCAGCACCUUUCCUCACAGCCAAAGACCUUUCAAUUGCUGGAUGAACCUAAUCACAAAGUCUCUCAUCCCUCGUCUGACCGCAGGUACUAUGAGAAGGUUCAAUGGAAGAGCUUUUCUCAUGUCUGUACGGCCCCUGUUGAAUCUGAUGAUGAAUUCUCUGUUGUCACUGGGGCGCACUUUGAAGUUGGAGACUCUGGACUAAUGAAGAAAGUAUUAUUCCUACGCCUCCAUUUCUCUAAAGCCAUUGGUGCCCUGUCUGUUAAAAGACCCGAGUGGGAUGGUUCCCCCGGCUUGGUGCAAAAAUCUGGACUAAUCUCAACCUUGAUCAGUAGUCAUUUCUCAACUGCUCAAAAACCACCUCCUCGGCCGGAGACUGUGAUCAUAAACUCUGCUGUUUAUCCUGGCGGCCCUCCAGGGCCAACCCAGACGCCUAAGCUUCUAAGGUUCAUUGACACGACGGAGAUGACCAGAGGACCGCAGGACGCGCCCGGGUACUGGGUUGUGUCUGGAGCCAGGCUUUUUGUUGAGAAGGGUAAAAUCUCUCUCAAAGUGAAGUAUUCUCUCUUGACUGUGAUUUUACCAGAUGAAGAGCUGCCGGGGGAAUUCUCAAGUAUGAUAUAGUUUUUUUGUUAAAAGGGAGGAUAUGGGAAAAUGAUAUACAUAUACACAGGAAAUGAGGAAUAUCUGCUGAGCUGAUUGUAUAUAAAAAUUAUUCAUUCGUUGUGUAAAAUUUGCUUUAUUCCUUGUAGAUUGUCCGUGCAUUUGCCGGCAGUUUAGAUAUUUGCACUGUAAUAUUGUCCAAAAUUUUCACUUAGGUGGUUGCUCUCUUGUGUAUGUGUGCAGUUGUCCUUAUGUGCGUCAGACACCAUCGGUUACAAAUGCUUUAUUUAUUUGUUCAUUUAGUCUGACGGAAAAGUCCACAAAUUGAUCCCC